UCUUGUAGCUUAUUUCCAUCAUUUGUUUUCAGCUUAGUAAUUACUCCCUCUGUGGAAUGAUUCCCCUGCUUAUCAUGGGUUGACUUAUAUGCCAUUUUACUGCUGUCUCUUAGGACAAACGUACACAAACAUACUCCUUGUUUUUUCCCUGCUUUCUUUCCCUCGCUUUUGCAAAUAGGCACAGAAAAAAAAUAAUUGGGAGGACCUGGUUUCCUAGCAACUAGAUUAAGGUCUUCACACCGUGUCUGUUUUUAGAAAGGGUAAUCCAUAGGUUUGAGUUUAUUGAGUUACCUUUUUAUAACAGCAUGUGCUUUUCAGCAUUGCCAGGACGAUCUCAGACUGGAACAUCUUACUCCUAAGCUGAGAGUCAGACUGUCAUAAUCCAGUAAUGUUGACGGGGCAUUAAUGUUCAGAAGAAGUUUGGGCUAUUUAAAGCUUGAUAAAUUCCAACUAUUGCAUAUAACUGAGAUGCCAGACAGAAUGUACAUCUGUGGCUUGACAUAUGUGGAGUCACCCUUAUGAAUCAGAGGAAAUGAGCCGCGUCUGAUUGCUGAGUCUUUCAGAUAGUUACCGGAAAGUAGUCGGUCAGUGAAAUAAGGGAACUUGGGUGAUAGCAACUAUUCUCAUUUUUAGAAGCUCCAGAUUUUGUGCUGUUAUAGUUGAUCUUUGCAACACUAGCAUCUCGGCCUGUCACUUUCAUACCCAGAUCCCCUGCCGAGUCCUUGUGCGUUGCCUGAAGUGUGAAGUCAUGGUAACAGCCCCAAGCCUCCCAACCUCAGUCUGCCUGGGCACUGGUUGCUGUCACUCCCCUGGGUGGGAUGUAGCUACUCUUUCUCAGCCACAUAAUAGCAGAGAUGUUGGAGCCUGCAGGGCUUACUGCUGGGUAGGACUGCACAGCAACUCUGAGCUCUAGUGUAGACGAAGAUUUUUGUGGUACUGUAGAUAGAAGAGCCCUGGACUAGCAUUCCUGCAGCUGCCUCCAUGGACACUGUAAAAAACGGGGGAUCUCAGCCUGUCUACAGCCGCUGGUCAUACAGACCCUCCAGCUCUGCCAGUUUCUCCUCUAACUCAACAUCAAGUGCCAUUGAAGAUGACAGUUCCAGUCUUAUGCAGCAGAAGCUGGAAAAACAGAGGGCAUUGCUGGAGCAGAAGCAGCGAAGGAAGCGUCAGGAACCUCUGAUGGUUCAGCCCAACACAGAGGCUCGGCCCCGGCGCUCCAGGACACGGCGCGGUGAGGAGCAGGCCCCUCUGGUAGAGUCCCAACUCAGUAUUACCAACGAUGUCAUCAUGGAUGGUAUUGAUGGCCCAGCAGCUUUUUUGGGCUCAGAAGCCCCUGAUCUGGGAAUGAAAAUCCAAAUUCUGUCAUCAAGCCAGUCCCAGUCCCAGUCCCAGUCCCAGUCCCAGAUACAGCCUCAGUCCCUGUCGCCCACUGCCGAGGAACCUGAGAGGGAUGGAGACACUGUGACGCUGCUGGAGCCCAAGACAGAUAUCCACGAGUUACUGCAGAAACAAGGUCUGUCUGGCAGCAUGAACUUUGAUGAAGCCAGCGAACAUGAGGACGAUGCGGAGGAGGAGCGGACUCGUUCUCUGUCCUCUAACACAGACACCACCAGACCCGCCUCUGCCGCCAGCGGCAAGGACAAUCCGGAGGUGGUGACCCCCGGAUCGCCCACAGCAGACAGCGCACUAAUCGAUGUGGCCAAUCUGGAGGAGUUUGUCUUUCGUCCGGCUCCACGCGGCGUCACUGUGAAAUGUCGAAUCACCCGGGACAAGAAGGGCAUGGACCGCGGCCUCUACCCCACCUACUUCAUGCACAUGGAGAGAGAGGAUGGCAAGAGAGUGUUUUUGCUGGCAGGAAGGAAGAGGAAGAAGAGUAAGACGUCCAACUACCUUAUUUCAGUGGAUGCCACUGAUUUGUCGCGAGAGGGAGAGAGCUUCAUCGGGAAACUGAGGUCCAACCUCAUGGGCACCAAAUUCACAGUGUACGACAACGGCACCAAUCCCUGCAAGAACCCCGGGGCGCUGCUGGAAGAGAGCAACACGCGACAGGAGCUGGCUGCCAUCUGCUAUGAAACCAACGUGCUGGGAUUCAAAGGACCACGUAAGAUGACUGUAAUCAUCCCUGGCAUGAACAUGAGUUUUGAAAGAGUCCCCGUGAGGCCUCAGAAUGAGCAGGAGAGCCUCCUGAGCAGGUGGCAGAAUCACUCACUGGACAACCUGAUCGAGUUGCACAAUAAGGCGCCGGUGUGGAACGAUGACACUCAGUCUUACGUGCUGAACUUUCACGGCCGCGUGACCCAAGCUUCAGUCAAAAACUUUCAGAUAGUUCACGACAACGACCCUGACUACAUCGUCAUGCAGUUUGGCAGAGUGGCAGAGGACAUCUUCACUCUGGAUUACAACUAUCCCAUGUGCGCCCUCCAAGCCUUUGCCAUCGGCCUGUCGAGCUUUGACAGCAAGCUGGCAUGUGAAUGAACCGCGCGUUUUGCUUCCUGACCACCACCACCUUUCCCGUCCUCCCUCAGAUCUCUUCUCGCUGGGGCUGCUUGGAAGCAGAAGAAGCACAGAAGUUAAGAAACAAAUAUGAGGUUUUUAAAAAAAAAGGAGGAUGCUUAUGUUGGUGCUCCGUUGGCCGAUCCAACAACCCUCCUGUGCGGUAGCUUUUUUAAGCCGUUUUAAUGGGGUCAUUUCAUUAUCACUUUUUUUGUACAGUGUAUGUGUGCACACCUAAAGGGAAGAGACAAAGCAAAACGCUCAUCUCUCGUCAGACAUCUGACUCUGCCAUUGUUUGAACGGCAGUGAGAUAUUUUCUGUUGCUUCUGUCGCCUUUGAAUUGGAUUUCACUCAGUGCUUUUUGCUACGCUAACGUCGUGGCUUUAAGAUGUCAUUUAACUGCAUGAAGCAUUUGGAAUUACACAACAACAUGGCCUCUCCUCUGGCGCCACCCUCAGGCCAAAUCCUCGAGUUAUUCAGGAACAAAGAAAAGCAAAGUUGUUUUCUGUUUUUCACAAAUCGAACAAUCUUUUCCGGUGAUUAACGGCUGGUUAGCAUCGCUCGGCGCCGGCUUGGCUCCAAAAUUUCAGUCUUGUUUACGUCUCUAAAUGUGGCUUUGUGGCUUCAUCUGCCAGCUGCUUAUAACUAACUUUGACGUCAUUCUUUUUUAUCAUGUGGUCAUUCCUUGUUUUAUUGUUGUGUGGAAGGUGUAUUACUCCGAGCAGGCCUGUGUUAUGGUUUUUGUGCUUUUCUUUUGUGAAUAAGUGUAAUUUUUAACUUGUGACCGUGGCUUUUCUGUGUCAUAAAAAGUUGUUGGAUGAUCAUGAGAAAAA